UUGACAGCACAGGGCACACAUAAAGUCACAUCGCUUAUUUGCCGAAUGGUACUUGUGAGCGCCGGUCGGUAUUUUUUUCGUGCCUGUACAUCACUGGUUCGCCAAAGUAUUGUCGUCAGAAUGGGUGAAGCACAAGGAUUAACGGAUAAGGAGGCCAAAGAGUUAUUAAAACUUCCCGAUGCUGAGACAAAGGAUUUCUUGUUUCAACAAACUAUGUACCGUAUCAAGGAUCCACGUGCUUCUAUUCCAUUUUACAAUGAAGUACUGGGAAUGAGCUUACUCUGCAAGAUGGACUUUCCCGAGGCCCAGUUUUCGCUUUACUUUAUGGGUUACGAAGAUAUCGCCAAUCAACCAUCCGACAGGAAGGAAUGUAUUCAAUGGGCCAUGAGCCGAAAGGCUACCUUGGAGUUGACUCACAACUGGGGCACAGAGGCCGAUCCGGAUCAGAAGUAUCACAACGGUAAUGCAGAACCACGCGGUUAUGGCCACAUAGGAAUCAUGGUACCAGAUGUAAAUAAGGCAUGUGCUCGGUUUGAUCGCCUGGGUGUGGAAUAUGUGAAACGUCCCGAGGAUGGUCGCAUGAAAGGGUUGGCUUUUAUUAAGGAUCCCGACGGUUACUGGAUUGAGAUUUUCAACCCUAUUAAGGUUGCGGGACUGUAAGACUUAGUCAGUUUGAUGGGCUCUUUUUUGAAGAUCAAUAUGGUUUUAAACGUAAAAGCAAUUUGAAACCAGUGAUUGGAAGGUGGAAUAUCCAGGUUGCUGACCCAGUGUAUGUUUUACUAAUGAAUUUUCAUAUUAUUUAUUUGUCUCAAAGACAAUAAUAAGCAAAGACGUAUAGCUCUGUGCCUUCAUAAGCUGCUGUACACAAUAAAAUAAAAUUUGCAACAGCAAAAAGAA